CAUGAAGAUAAAUGGAGUAGAAUAUUGCAAAGAAACGUGCGUUGCUAUUAUAUCUACUGGCACAUCUUUGAUACUGGGAUCGAAUGAAACGGUGGAAACGAUUAAUUCUAGACUUGGGGCCGAGCCGGUUGGGGAUGAUGAGUAUGGAUUAAACUGUAAUGAUAUUAACCUGCUCCCUCCUAUUGAGUUUGUCUUCAAGAAGAGGAGCUAUGUACUUGAGGCGAAGAACUAUGUGCUUAAGGAAGUCAACUGGUUAAAGACAGAGUGUACAUCACCAUUCGCUAGUAGCGAUGAAGUCCCCCCUGGAGUUUGGGUUCUUGGCUAUGUAUUUAUGAGGAAUUUCUACACUGUAUUCGAUUUUGGUGAGAAGGAGAUAUGGUUAGCUGAUGUUAACGAUGGCUGAAUCUCACUAUAAUGAAACCAGUUAAUAACUGAUCAUAAAUAAAGACAAAACAAUAA